UUCAUGCCCCCGGGGCCCCAGGGAGCGCCAUGGCCCGAGCACGCCAGGAGGGCAGCUCCCCGGAGCCCGUAGAGGGCCUGGCCCGCGACGGCCCGCGCCCCUUUCCCCUCAGCCGCCUGGUGCCCUCGGCCGUGUCCUGCGGCCUCUGCGAGCCCGGCCUGCCCGCCGCCCCCGCCGCCCCCGCCCUGCUGCCCGCUGCCUACCUCUGCGCCCCCACCGCCCCGCCCGCCGUCACCGCCGCCCUGGGGGGCUCCCGCUGGCCUGGGGGUCCCCGCAGCCGGCCCCGAGGCCCGCGCCCCGACGGUCCUCAGCCCUCACUCUCGCCGGCGGAGCAGCACCUGGAAUCGCCGGUGCCCAGUGCCCCGGGGGCCCUGGCGGGCGGCCCCACCCAGGCAGCCCCGGGAGUCCGGGGGGAGGAGGAGCAGUGGGCCCGGGAGAUCGGGGCCCAGCUGCGUCGGAUGGCGGACGACCUCAAUGCGCUGUACGAGCGGCGGAGACAAGAGGAGCGGCAGCGACACCGCCCCUCACCUUGGAGGGUCCUGUACAAUCUCAUCAUGGGACUCCUGCCCUUACCCAGGGGCCGCGGAGCCCCGGAGAUGGAGCCCAAUUAGGUGCCUGCAGCCGCCCGGUGGACGUCAGGGACUUGGGGGGCAGGACCCUCCCACCUCCUGAUGCCCUGGCCAGCGCGGGGGACUUUUUCUGCACCAUGUAGCAUACUGGACUACCAGCCCUGCCUGUCCCAGGGGCAGGCCAGGGCAGCCACUCCAGCCCCAGCCCCGGCCUAGCCUGGGUGCACUGAUAGGAGAUGUGGACUCCUGGGUCCCUGGCUGGGAAGCCAGGGGAGAGAGGGCUGACGGACUCAGUGUCUGAAGGCAGCGGUGACGGAGAGGGUGGGGACGGAGCCGCCCGCCUCUGCCGCCCACCACCAUCUCAGGAAAGGCUGCUGGUGCUGGCUGCCCGUUCCAGCUGCAGGGGUGACACUGGGGCGAGUCUCCCUCCCAGUGCUCCUUCACUUUGGGCCUGGCCUCAGGCCCCUGGUGCUUCCCCCCCUCCUCCUGGGGAGGGGGCCCGUGAAGAGCAAAUGAGCCAAACGUGACCACUAGCCUCCUGGAGCCAGAGAAUGGGGUGGGUCUGAUGGCUGCCCCAGCCCAGCGCCCAGCCAUCUUCCCUGAGCCAGCCGGCGGGUGGUGGGCAUGCCUGCCUCACCUUCAUCUGGGGGUGGCCAGGAGGGGCCCAGACUGUGAAUCCUGUGCUCUGCCCGUGACCACCCCCCGCCCCCAUCAAUCCCAUUGCAUAGGUUUAGAGAGAGCACGUGUGACCACUGGCAUUCAUUUGGGGGGUGGGAUAUUUUGGCGGAAACCGCCCCAGCCUUAGUCCCCAGGGCGAAGCGCUGGGGGGAAGACGGGGAGUCAGGGAGGGGGGGAAAUUGCAGAAGAGGGAGGAGUCUGGGAGCGGGGAGGGAAGGCCCAGCCUGUAAAAUACUGUAUAUGCGCUGCUGUAGAUACCGGAAUGAAUUUUCUGUACAUGUUUGGUUAAUUUUUUUUGUACAUGAUUUUUGUAUGUUUCCUUUUCAAUAAAAUCAGAUUGGAACAGUG